AUGGCAUCUGCCGACAAAAAGGACGCCAAGGCGGCGCCUCCUAAGCUCUCCGAUGUCAAGGAUCUUAUCGACGAGAGUACCUUCGAGCAGAUCCUGGAGAUGGACGAUGACGAUGACUGUGACUUCAGCAAGGGUAUCGUCUACGGUUUCUUCGACCAAGCUAAGGCCACGUUCACCAAGAUCAAGACUGCUCUUGACGAAAAGGAUCUCACUGAGCUGUCCCAGCUCGGACAUUUCCUGAAGGGCUCUUCUGCUACUCUGGGCCUCGUUCACGUGCGGGAUGGCUGUGAAAAGAUCCAGCACUUUGGCAAUCGUCUCGACGAGAGCGGAUCCGGCAAGGUGGCCGAUGAUGUCGCCUUGAAGAAUACUGAAAAGACCCUGAAGGAGGUCGAGGUCGAAUACGCCAAGGUCGAGAAGUUCCUACGUCGCUUUUACGGCGAGGAGGUCGAGGAUGAACCCGAACCUAAGCCCGAAGCCAAGGAAGAAAAGAAGCCCGCCACCACUGGUAGCCAAGAGGCUAAACCCACGGAGAAGACCGAGCAGACCGACAAAACCGAUAAGACCGAGGAAAAAUCCAAGGCGGACGAUUCGAAGAAAUGA